UGUUUACCGGACGUCACAUGAGCUAACGUUACUCGGUUAGUUUCGCUUCCGUCUUUAGGUUUGGAAAACUGGGGGAGAGAAGCGCUUUUAUUUGGGGUCUGACUCGCUCCUGUAGUUCUGGAUGUAAAUGAGCGGGUUUCAGCUUCAGUUUGAGCUUUACUUGUGGAUAUUCCGGUGUUUUAUUAGCUGAGUUAGCGAGACAGCUCGUGGCGCUGUAACUUCAGCUCCUCCUCCUCCUCUCCACAGCGUGUGUCUGACUUCUCCUCCUGCCUUUACACACACUUUAAUAGCUGACUGUGUUUCUGCUGGACUUCAUCACACACGCUGCUGCAGGACUACAGGGGAAGUUUUUGUGUCCAGGUUUUUAUUGGUGGCCAUGUUGUUAUCUUGGAGAGCAGUCAUUCUUCUGGUCUUUUUGGCUUAUGGAGGACAAGCAAGUAAGAACACCAAAAAGUGCCGGUUGUCAGUUGAAAACGCUCAUGAAAGAAACACCCUUUCUCUCCUAGAGCCCCUUACCAAUCAGAGUUUUACUGGAAAGUACGUGAAUGGAACGAGUAGCUACACGUACAUCUUCAGGGUUUGUGAUGAUGUAGAAGGGAAACAAGGUGCAGGAGUCAUACAGAAGGAGUUAAAGGAUGGAAAACCUAUAACAACGCUCAUUGGGAGCUACAAUGACACUCAAGCUAUUAAAGGAAGUGACUGGAUUAUGCUGAUCUACAGGGGUGGAGAAAAAUAUGAUACACACUGCUCAAAGGAGGAGAGAAAAGCCAUCAUCAUGCUGUCCUGUAACAAAUCUGCGGUUGUGCCAGAGCUGACUGUGGUCCUGGAACAAAGAGAAAGACUCCUUGACUGUUUUUACCUGUUUGAGCUGGACUCCAGUGCACUCUGUCCAGUUACCCCAUCCCAAUUGAGCGCGGGGUCCAUUCUUCUGAUUAUUGGCUUCUCCUGCUUGGCUGUGUACCUCAUUGGUGGAUUUCUCUAUCAACGACUGGUGGUUGGAGCAAAAGGAGUUGAGCAAUUUCCAAACUAUGCCUUCUGGUCUGAGAUAGGCAACUUAUCAGCUGAUGGAUGUGACUUUGUAUGCCGAUCCCGUGGCAGGAGAGAGGAGUCGCCUGCUUACAGGGGUGUAUCUACUGAACCAUUAGAGGAGCCAGAGGAAAGGGAUGACCACUUGCUUCCAAUGUGACCUUGACAAUCUGAUCUAGUCAGGUAGAAAUAGCCUAGGUUUGACUAAGUUUUGGCAGGGGAUGUUAGGUAUGUGUCAGACAAAACAAAAUGACUUAUCUUUAAGCAUUCCUUAUACUGCUCUAUAAAUCCCUUACAGACAGAUGAAUUUCAAAUUACAAUAUCAGCUCAGAAAAGUUGGUUUCUCAAAAUAAAUUUUUAUACAUUCACAGUGUGAAUGUACAGCCUGUGCUUAGAUUAUUUUCUAAGUAGGGUUUUGUUUAUUGAUUUUUCUUCAUUCAGUUUAGCUCCAAAGAACAUACAAAUUAUACAUUUACUAGUGGCCUAAGUGGUUUUAUUUAAGUACAGUAAUGCAUUUGAUAUUUAUAAUGAACUUAUUGGGUCCUAGUACUGCCCCACUAGGUUUUCUUUGUUGUCUCAUUAGGGGGUACCUCAGAUCAUUUGUUUUUUUUUUCUGUGUUCUGCUAAGGGAAAGAUACAUUUUACAAAGAUUGUUUUAGGUUAAGGUUACUUUAGCAUUCUGUUACUGCAACAAUUAGAAUGCAAAUGCUAAACAGAAGCACAGAAAUGGUUUGUUUUGCAUUCAGCCUAUUAGACCAUAUAUAUAUAUAUAUAGUUAAGUAUAAUGUUCUGUAGUAUCAAUGACUUGUUGUUAUAAAUGUUUUUGUAAGAAUAACUCAUUGUGGAGUGGAAGAGGGAAUUAAAUUUUGUUUGCUGAAGAAUAUAUAGGUACUUUCGCUAUAAACCUAAAGAAAUAUUUAAUGAUGGAUACUGUAUGCAGUAAACGGUGAACAUUAAUAAAAAUGUGAUAAGUAUAAUAGACUUUUUUUUCCAUAAAUGCAUUUCAGCUAGUCUUGCGCUAAACAGCACGGUUAGUGAAUGUUUCAGAUAGACUGGCCUGUAUGCUGAUUGCAGUUGGUGAGUGAAUAUCUAUUUAGUUUUGUUGAGUUCAGCUGCUGUCACUAUUUAAAGGAAAACAUGGUAUCUGCUUAAUGCACUGCAACUUGCGUCUGCACUGUGUUUAUCACAGAUGCACAGUGAUAAACAAUUUUUUUUGUUUAUUUUUAUUGUUUAGACUGGAUAUGAACUAAUGGAAAAUGCACUUCCAAAGUUGUUUGACAAUUCAUUUACAUUUGCACUUGAAACAGACCUCUUUAUGGGAGCUUCCUGAAACCCUGAUGAUAUAUUAAUGGGAGUGUGACCAAAAAAUCACCAAUGUAGUUUUACAUUGUCCAGAACAGGGAUAACAUCUUCUUCUGGACUAAAGUGUUCUUAGUAAUGGUUAAUUGUGAAUUAAAAGCUGUGUAAACUGUGAUGAAUAUGAUCAGAUAAUAUAAUAUAUAUAAUAUAAUCAGAUUAAGAAAAAUAAACAUUCAGGCAUCCACAGGGUCCUUUGGGGUGUUAUGGGGUCUAUAUAGAACUACUGCAGUUGGUAAAAGAAAAUCUUAUAAAACCCUUUAGUUUACCCAAUGGUAAGGACUACACAUAUCAGCCAUAACAUUAACACCACAUGCCUAUUAUUGAGUAGGUUUCCCUCUGUACUGCAACAACAAAUCAGAAUCUCAUAAUUGGUGUUCUGUGGUUGGGUGGGUCCUUCAUCAAUGAUCAUCAGUGAGCUUUAGGUGCUCAUGACCCUGCCGCCAUUUCACUGGUUGUCCACCAUUUCACUGCUACCAGAAUAAGCCCACAAGCCCUGUCUGUUGAUUUUAAGUUUUGACCCAGUUAUCCAGCCAUCAAAAUGCUGCUCUUGUAAUAAUGGCUAUAAUCUAAAUAUUUGCCCCUUUUUGUAGUCAACACAUCAACUUUAAGAAGGACUAAUCACAUGCUGCCUAAUAUAUCCCACCCUUGACAGAUGCCACUAUAGAUGAAGGUAAUAUAUGUUUACCUGUAAGUGGUGUUAAUGUUCUGGCUGACUAGUGUAUGUAUGUGUAUCAGUUCCCAACCCUUUUCCUGGAGGACCCUGAGCCCUGCUUUUCCUUCACCUAUUUUCCUAUUCCAGUACAACUGAUCUAACUAAUUUGUAAAAUAUCAAACCCUUCCUGAGUUAACAUGCUGUUGCAUUAAAUGCUGCAAAAUGUUCUCCAGAACCAGGACUGGGAAUUGUACAUGAUUACAAACUACUGGAGCUUAGCUUUGGACCCUACUUCCUUCUGUGCUUACUACUGUGCUUAACCACAGAAAUUACUUUUUGACAUUUGAAAAAGUUGGCGCUCAAAUCAGAGUUAAGACAGAUAUGAACUUCAGUUCUGUCAGCUCCGACUAUAUUUGCCCUUUCCUUUUGCUGUUUAUUUUGUGUGGAAAUAACAAGCUUUGUUUUUUCUUGUGAUAUGAAAAUAGAAAUAAAUGCUUUUGAUUGUUA